CCUUUUAUUUGUCGUUGCCUCCCUCCCACUGCUGCUGUGCUCACCCGCCCCGCGCCCGGCGUCCAUGUGGCGUCGCCACCUCCGUUCUAUAUAAGCAAGCCGCGACCCCCUCCUCUCCUCUCGCCUUCACACCGUCUCCGGCCUCUUCCUCGCCUUCUCUGGUUCUCUCAUCUCCCCCGGUCCCCGGACUCUUUCGUUACGUGUGUUCUUGGCAUGGCCGUGCAGGCGCAGUUCGGCGGUCUCGCCGGGUGCUUGCCGUAUCCGCCCUACGGCCGCCUGGGCGAGGAGCAGAUGCGGGCGCUGAAGAACUACGGCGCGCUCCUGUCCUCGGCGGUGGUCGCAGGCAACGACGGAUACCAGCAGUACCAGUGCGCGGGCGUGGUCAGCGGCGCGCAGAGCGAGCUCACCUGUAAUGGUGGCGGUGGGGUGCUGGCGUCACGGAAGCGCGGCAGGGAGGCUGAGCUUGAGCAGUACGUGUCGUCCUCGUCGGCGGCGCUGCUGCCCAUCCCAGGGAUGCAGAAGACGAUGGGCGCGGCGAGCCGGAUGGUAGAGUCGGCGAUGACGUCGACCAGCGGGCGGCCUGUGGCGGCAUCGGCGUCGGUGGCGGACGCACUGGUGUCGGAGUUGUGCCAGGGCGCGGAGAUCGACGCGCUGGUGCGGGCUGAGUGCGAGCGGCUGCGCGCCGGGCUGGAGCAGGCGCGCAAGCGGCAGUGCCAGGCGCUGGUGCGGGCCGCAGCGGGCGCCGCGGCGCGCCGGCUGCGGGAGAAGGAGGCGGAGCUGGAGGCCUUGCGCCGCCGCGUUGCGGACCUCGAGGAGCGGCUCCGGCAGGCGGCCGCCGAGAGCCAGGCGUGGUGCGGCCUCGCGCGCAGCAACGAGGCCGUCGCCGCGGGGCUCCGCGCCUCGCUCGAGCACCUCCUCCGCGCCGCCCCGGCACCUGCCGAGGAGGGCUUCGGCGAAUCCGACCCAACCACCUCCCCCGCUGCCGCGGAUGGCGCGCAGUCCUGCUUCGAGGCCAAGGACGCGCCGGUGAACACCGCCGCCGCCGCCACGUCCCCGGUGACUAAGUGGUCCUGCAAGGCGUGCGGCGAGGGCGAGGCGUCGGUGCUGCUGCUACCGUGCCGUCACCUGUGCCUGUGCAAGGCGUGCGAGCCGAGGCUGGACGCCUGCCCCGUCUGUUUCGCCGCCAAGAACGCCUCCAUCCGCAUCGCUAACUGAUCGGAUCCGAUCACCCCCGCCUCGCCGCCGUCCGUGGCGUCUCUCGGCGCCGCCAACUGAUCUCGCCAACUCCAGCUGAGUAACUAGCAGGUUCCUAGGCUAGGCCGAUUAAUCCCGUUCGUUCUGUUCUUUUGGGAGGUCUGAUCACCGCCCGUGCUGCUGUAAAAUCACCGCCCGGUGGAACUUCUCAUCUUCUCCUGUUUUGGGUAAAAAUGGAAAUAAGAAAGAACACGAGUGAAUCAGAAAUUUCAAUUUUGUUUUAUAA